UCGUAGAAGAUUAAAAAAAAACUUGACAGUUGAAGAAUUCAGAGCUGCAGCCUAACCUCUUUUUACGGGAAUUUAUUUUAGAAAUAUUGUAAAUAAUUACAUAACACGUAUUGCAAUGGCUUCAUUAAAUGUGUAUUCAGUGGGUAGACUUGCCAAAUAUGUUGCCGGAUCACCGUUGAGGACGCUUCGAGCUAAUGUAUACAGAAGUGCAGUAUGCAGAUACAGCACAGAAGAGAAGGCUGCGGAGCCCGAGGCGGACAACAAGCAGCUCCCCGGCACUGUCGAGGAGUGCCACAAGCACAUCGAGAGUCUGACCGCUGAGGUCAACACGCUGAGAACACAAGUUAAGGAUUUUGAAGACAAAUACAAGCGCGCUCUAGCAGACGGCGAGAACGUGCGGCGUCGCAUGAUGAAGCAGGUGGAGGACGCCAAGUCCUUCGCCAUACAGAGCUUCUGCAAGGAUCUACUUGACGUAGCAGACACUCUAGCAGCAGCCGCCGAGAGCGUGCCAGAGAGCGAGGUGUCGGAGGGCGGAGGCACAGAGGGCGGCGCCGCCGCAGCCCUGCGCUCCCUGCACUCCGGAGUGCGACUCACUCGUGCGCAGCUCACGCAGGUGUUCAGCAGACACGGGCUGGUGUCGGUGUCUCCUCUCCGCGAGAAGUUCGACCCCAACCUACACGAAGCUUUAUUCCAACAGGAAGUGGAAGGCGCGGAGGCGGGCACGGUGGUGGCGGUGUCGAAGGUGGGUUACAAGCUGCACGAGCGCUGCGUGCGGCCCGCGCUCGUCGGCGUCGCCAAGUGAUGUCACACCCGUGAGUAACAUGUCACACCCGUUUAGAAUCGAUGCCUAACUACGGGGAUUGUUAGAUCUAGCCCACACAAACGGAUAAAAUAAUAAUUUUAAUACUUACAUACACAAAAUAUAAUAAUAAAAAAGUCUGUACAUUUAAUAUUUUUUUAAGAUAACGACUUCCUAAAUUGUGCUUAGAUUUAGAAGUUAAAAUAGUGUGUCCUAAAGGUGAGAUUCUACCACACAAAUGUAUCUCGUGGUGUACUCGCUAUAGCAAACAGUAACACAUUGCGUGCGAACAUUUCUAAAAUGUCCGAAUGUUCGCGAACAGUUUUUGGUGGAAUCGCGCCCUAAAGGAUUGGAUGAUAUUAUAAUGUUUAAAAACCUGUUUUUUUUUUCUUUAUUUAUAUUAUAGAACCAAGGUGUAGACAUUUUUCAAUGUUGAUAUGAACUUUAUUUUGGUCGAAUUGUAAUGUUGUCAGCCUUCAAAAAUGUGUUGAAUUUGUUUUCGUUGUCUGCUGAAUAUUUUGAGUAUUUUUUUUACAUCAAAACCCUUUUAUGUUAUUUCAUAGAUUAUUCUGGCCAAUUUUCACAAUAAACGUCUGUUUACGGAAAACAGUCGUUUAUCAUAAAUUCCAACUAAUUUAUUUGGGAUUUAUGUUCCUUGAACGAUUAUCCCAGAAUAAAGUUGAAUAACAUGUUUCAUGAAAAUACUAGCUUCGUAGUAAAAUAAAAAUGUUUUAUUCGACUUUUACUCCGAUUAAUUCGGUUUAUGGUGUCGAUGAAAUUGGACCAAUAGCGAUUUGCUUGUAAUUUUGGCCAGUAUAAAAUUAUCUUGGAAACUAUCGCGAUUCGCUUUUUGGUGACUUGAAACAUUAUGAAUUGCAUAAGUUUUAAAAUUAAGUAUUGUACUUAAAUUGGCAAGGGUUUUCUUAAAUGGUGGAUAAAACAGGACUAAAUAUUUGACUUCGAAAAAUAGUGUAAAAAAUUAAAUUCAAGGUACCUCUUUAUUUUGUGUUUUCUCAUAUGAGAAAUUGCUACUUUUACAAAAUAAAAUACUGGUAAUGUAUUUUUUUGUAAAAGGAGCAGUGUUAUAUUUUGUAAAAACAGUCUGUGCGUGUGAAAUUUUGAAAAAUUCAUGUAAUAUAAGAGCGGUUUUUAUCAAAAUGUUGGUUGUUUUGCAAUGUACGAGUAUGUCUGUAAACCCAAAGAUAUGUUGUAUAUAUUUGAAUGGUUCAAACAUAUUGGUUUUAUAUGUAUUUAUGUUCUCGUCAAAUAAGUUUGCCGUCCCUAAAUUGGUUACCAUGGAGAAUAAAAUGACUAGCGGAGAUGUCAUAACGCAAAAUCUCCUAAGAAAGUAGCGCGAGCCCAUUAUUUUCAAAAUAAAAUCAUCUUUUAAUCAAAACCAAUCUUUGAUAGAUUGGUUUUGAUUUGACAAGGUACCCGAACGCUUCGUUAGUUCUAGUAACUGAUCACGGCUACCGUACGUUGCUUGAGCUACAAGAAGGCGCCUGACCUACCUUCCUUAUGGCAUCUCCGCUAUGUUUCCUUCCUCCGUGGUUACUUAUGACUUCACUAAAGUCUGAACGACGACUUUCAGACCGGCACAGUUAUUUGACGAGAGCCCUAAUUAGAUUUAAAAUUACGAGAGAGAGUUUUUUAAAUGCAUUUAUUUUUUAAAUUAUUAAGUUUCUGUAUUUAUUUCUUGUUUAGACAAAACAAUGGUGGUUUGUGAAAAUAUUUUUGACAGAAAUUGUUAUGAUUUCAAAUUAUAUUUGACUCUAGAAAUUAACCGAACCUACAAAUAGUGAACCUCCUCCUUUUUUUGAAGUCGGUUAAAAUAGCGAAAUUAUUAUAUAAAAAACGUAGUUAUAUUAAAGGCUCUGCAAGAGGUUCAAUCUUUAUGACAGCAUGUAUUUAAAGACCAAACCCAGAAUGUCUGACAACCAGUCUUACCAAAGGGUAUCGUGUUGUCCAGGUAACUGGGUUGAGGAGGUCAGAUAGGCAGUCACUCUAUGUGGCACACCGGUACUCAGUUGCAUCCGGUUGGACAGGAAGCCGACCCCGUCAUAUAAGGAAAGGGCUAGGCAGAUAAUUUAAGAGUCAAAUGUGAUUUGUAAUCAUGUAGUAAAUGAUUUUCUCUCUCUCGCUUCUGUAGAAUUCCAUGUAUAGUUGAGCUCAGUCGUUGAGUUCAGUAGUUCCAAAUAUAGUUGAUUAUUGUUA